AUGGCGGAGGGGGACGAGGGAUCGCGGAGGCAGCAGCCGCACCAGGGCUUGCGGCGCCGGCGGCGGACUAGCGACCCUAACACGGGGGUUAACCACGUCUCGUCCACGACCUCUUUAGGUGAGAAUUAUGAAGAUGAUGACCUAGUAAAUUCUGAUAAGGUUAUGAAGAAACCAUGUCCAGUACAGAUUGUUCUUGCACAUGAAGAUGACCAUAACUUUGAGCUUGAUGAAAAAGCCUUGGAACAGAUUUUGCUGCAGGAACAUUUACGAGAUCUUAACAUAGUAGUGGUAUCCGUGGCAGGAGCUUUUCGUAAAGGGAAAUCAUUUCUACUGGACUUCAUGCUUAGAUAUAUGUAUAACAAGGAUUCCCAAAAUUGGAUUGGCGGACACAAUGAACCAUUGACUGGCUUUACGUGGCGAGGUGGUUGUGAGAGAGAAACAACGGGCAUACAAGUCUGGAGUGAAGUAUUUGUAAUUGACAGGCCUGAUGGAACAAAGGUGGCUGUAUUGCUAAUGGAUACCCAGGGUGCCUUUGAUAGCCAGUCUACUAUCAAAGACUGUGCAACAGUGUUUGCUCUGAGUACUAUGACUAGCUCUGUCCAGGUAUAUAACUUGUCUCAGAAUAUUCAAGAAGAUGAUCUUCAACACUUACAAUUAUUUACAGAGUAUGGCAGGCUUGCAAUGGAAGAAAUCUAUCAGAAACCAUUUCAGACAUUGAUGUUUUUGAUUCGAGAUUGGAGUUAUCCUUAUGAGCAUUCAUAUGGUUUGGAAGGUGGAAGACAAUUCCUUGAAAAGAGAUUGCAGGUGAAACAAAACCAACAUGAAGAGCUACAGAAUGUAAGGAAGCACAUUCACAAUUGUUUCUCCAAUCUUGGUUGCUUCCUUUUGCCACACCCUGGCCUUGAAGUUGCGACUAAUCCGACUUUUGAUGGAAGAUUAAAAGAUAUUGAAGAUGACUUUAAACGAGAGCUUCGAAGUCUGGUUCCAUUACUGCUUGCCCCUGAAAAUUUGGUUGAAAAAGAGAUAAGUGGAUCCAAAGUCACUUGUAGAGCUCUUGUAGAAUACUUUAAGGCAUACAUUAAAAUUUAUCAAGGAGAGGAACUUCCACAUCCAAAGUCCAUGCUUCAGGCAACAGCUGAAGCUAAUAAUCUUGCUGCAGUAGCAGGAGCAAGAGAUACCUAUAGCAAAAAUAUGGAGCAAGUAUGUGGUGGAGACAAGCCUUACAUUGCACCCUCAGACCUGGAGCGAAAACACUUGGAUCUCAAGGAAGCAGCAAUUAAACAGUUUCGUUCUGUAAAAAAAAUGGGUGGAGAUGAGUUCUGUCGUCGUUAUCAGGACCAGCUUGAAGCUGAAAUUGAAGAAACCUAUGCAAAUUUUAUAAAGCACAAUGAUGGCAAAAAUAUCUUCUAUGCUGCUCGUACUCCUGCCACGCUGUUUGCAGUCAUGUUUGCUAUGUACAUAAUCGCAGGACUGACUGGCUUCAUUGGCUUAGCCUCUAUAGCCUUCUUGUGUAACCUUGUCAUGGGGCUAGCCCUGAUAGCUCUUUGUACUUGGGCAUAUGUUAAAUACUCUGGGGAGUUCAGAGAAAUUGGAACAAUGAUUGAUCAGAUUGCUGAAACACUGUGGGAACAGGUAUUCAAGCCCCUGGGUGAUAAAAUGAUGGAGGAAAACAUAAGGCAGUCUGUAACAAACUCUAUCAAAGCAGGCCUGACUGACCAGCUGUCUCAUCAUGCCAGAUUAAAGACAGACUGACAGUUCAUCUCCUCAUGGACUCCACUCUCUUUUUUUCAUGCUUGCUGUACAAUGAGAACUCAAAAAUAAACCAAAGUUUACAAUCAACUGUAGAAGUAGUUUAGUGUAACUGGCUUCACAGAUGGCUGCCACAGAGUGUGAAAAUUGUUGGUUUUAAGCAUUCUCUUCCUUGGCUCCUCGGAUGUGAGAUUGGCUGAGGAGCAUUAGUUUAUCAUGCACAUUUGUGCCAUGUUUAAUUCUUUUUUCUUUUCUUUCCUUUUUACUUAAUCUAGUGUUAGUGAAAUUUGUCUUAUGUAAAAGGAUAUUUCAGGGAAAUACUUUGAGAAAUCUAUUUAGCGUCUCUUAACACUAUAUAUCCCAUUGAAAUUUUAAUUUUUAGAGAAGUUAUGAAUCACUGUAUCAAGAAUUGGAUUAGAAUGACAUUGAAGCUUUUAUUGAGCCACUACAUUAAAAGUAUAUAUUGCUUUACUGCCUUCAAUACCAGUAUUAAGUAAAUGCAUGUACCAGAAACUUCACAGAAAUUACAUGACAACUGUUGUUGCUGAG